ACCCUCCCUUCCCAUACCAGCCCACACUCGUCGUGCCCCCACCCAUGCACACACACCAGGCUCAUACACAAAGCCUACUGCUUUCACCAUCAGAAGCUGCGGUUAGUAAGAAAUCGGAGAUACAGUUCGAAAAAUAGACUUGUCGACGGCCAAUGAAGCAGAUUCAUGUCUUGUUAUUCUCCAUCGCGUUUGGAAAUACCAUUGGUUCCUUCUUUAUGCAUUUGCGAUUUAUUCACGAAGUAACGUCGUGGGUCUUGCUGCACUUACGGCCGUAGUCUCCGAGAUGCACCGUGGUUGCAGCCGCCAAGUGCCGCGCACCACAGACACCGGCCCGGUUCGAUCAUGGUUUUCAGGCGAAGAGCAAGAAGAAUGCGGUGGUUGGGGUGUCAUCGGCUUGGGCCUAUUUGGAAAGCGCUGCUGGUGUUUGUGGCCAUUGCGUUCACUGGACAGCUUCUGGGCUUCUUCAACAAAAGUUGGAUGCAGCCAGAGAGACCACGGUCUGUCUUUCCACUGUCCUCUGACGAUGGCCAUGGCUCCCCAAUGGGCCCCUGCAGACCCCACACCCAUGCCAUGUUCCUGAAGACCCAUAAGACAGCCAGUAGCACCGUGCUCAACAUGCUGUACCGCUUCGGGGAGGAGAGAAGUCUGCGUUUCGCUCUACCCUUAGGCUACCAGUUUGGCUACCCGCUGCUCUUCAACGCGCACAGGGUCAAAGGUUACAGAGGACCCCGUAUGGUAGAGUUCAACAUCAUGGGCAAUCACAUGCGAUUCAAUAAGCCAGAGGUAGAGAAAGUGAUGCCUGCUGAUACCUUCUACUUCUCCAUCGUGCGAGAUCCUGUAGAGUUGGCGGAGUCCUCCUAUGCCUAUUUUAAAGCUGUAGCCCCUGCCUUCAAACGUGCAAAGGGCCUGGGUGAUUUUGCCAACGAUCCCCGGCGCUACUACGACCCAAGGUUGCGCAACAACCAUUACGCGCGAAACCUGCUUUGGUUUGACUUUGGCUUGGACCACAAUGCAAACUACACAGCUGCCCUAGCGAGACGCGGCGAGGCGGAGAUCAGGAAGUCGUUCAAUCUCAUCUUGGUCUCCGAGUACUUCGACCAAUCCAUGGUGCUACUGCGCCAUGCACUCUGCUGGCCACUGGACGCAGUCGUGUCCUUCAGCCUGAAUGCCCGACAGCCAAAACCCGCUGCUGGUGGGAGCUGGGGAAGCAAAGCCAACCUGGGUGCAGCCCUGGCCCUGACCGAUGACCAGAGGCUUAAGCUCCGGGAGUGGAAUGCGCUGGACUGGCACCUGUACCAAGCUUUCAACCGCACCUUCUGGGAGGAGGUGGAGCGCUUCGGGCGGGCGCGGAUGGAGGCCGAGGUGGCUCUCCUCCGUACGCGUCGGGAUGUCCUGGCUCGGGUCUGCCUGAGGGACGGCGGGAAGCCCGUGGAGGCCAGCCGAAUCCGCGACAAAACCAUCCGGCCCUUCCAGAGCGGCCUGGUCAAGAUCCUCGGCUACGAGUUACACCCGAGUCUGGACAACUCCACGCGGCAGGCCUGCCUUCGCAUGAUCCGCCCGGAGAUCCAGUAUAAGGACCUGCUGGAUGCACAGCAGUUCCCCAGAGCGCAGCCACCCCCAGGGGCAGCUGUCGCGGCUGGAGGAGCACCCAUCAGGAGGGAACCUUUGGCCCCUAAGAUUGGAGACCAGCUCGGUGGGAACUCAAUCGAGAGGGACUGGGAUGGGACCAGAUUGGGUCGGAAUGUGUCAUUACCAGUGAGGGAAAGGGAUGGGAAGGACCGGUUCAGAUAGUUUUCAGACAGUUUUGAACUCUUGUUCUGACAAAAACUCAUUUUUUUGCCUCUGGACCUGGAUGUUUUCUAAUCUCUGAAUAAUUGAAAGGCACCUAGUUAGCCUUUGCACUGCACUACCUGAGAGACUGGAGAAGCUUUGCAGUGGUUGUGAAAAAGCCUCAAACUCUUCUAUUCCACUCCUCUCUCCCUCCUGCUCGCCAUGACCUUAUUCGUUUCUCUCAUGCUUGAAAUCUCACACUAGGGUCCCACAGUCUUGCUGGAGGAGAGUUACCUUCCAGUGGCUGAAUCGAAGGAUCCCAGGCAAUAACAGUGGCAUGUCAGUGACUGUGGCUAGCUUUUAGCAGUGUGGUGAUACCUGAGGAAGUUGAGAGUGGGCGAAUAGGGUAGGAAUAGCAAAAUGUGAAACCACACCCACACUCCCUUGUUCUUUUUCAGUCUCCCUCUCUCACAAACACAUACCACUUAGCCCACGUCUUCGUUUUACCACUGACCCAUAAAAUGAUUGCAGUGUGGGAAGGCAGAAAGCUGACGCUUGCUGGAGAGGUGGACCGUGUCUGCACAUUAAAUGAGUACCUGAGCAAUUAAGUUACCAUCGGCAAGCGUUGCAAGUCACUGGUGACGCACACCCAGUUAGUUCCCUGAAAGGAAAGAGACGUGUAAAAUAUUGUAACAUAUCCAUUCACAUGAACACACUCACAGGGUUUCUCAAGUCGACACACACACCUACACUCUGCUCAUGCCAGAUUAGUGUAGUAGAAUGAAAUUCCCAUUACGUUCAGUCAGGUAUAGACACACUACUUGGGUGGAGCAAAGGUACAAACGUUACACACAUCAUGCUGAGGAGCAGUGAACUACAGUGCCAGACUUUCCCCACUACAAUGGCAAGCCUAGACUCAGGCUUCUGUCUGUGUCAACACUGUGUGUUAAUACAUGUCUUUUGCUUGAUUUAACCUGGGUAACCGGUUUUAUAUUUAGGGACUCAAAAAUCAUGGUACUUACGUUUUUUAGGUUGUGCUUUGAGGAAGAUACUGCAUACUUCAAAAAGAACAAAAACAAAGAAAAGAAGACAAAAAAGGCUGCCUUGUCGCUUGAUUGCCUCUUGACGAGGCAUUGCUAAUUAGACCUGGUUGUUUACCCUAUUCUGCAGUUGUGGCCUCUUCUGACUCAUAAUGCUAAAUAAGCUAUUACUGACUGUGGGUUCCAUGAACGUGUUGGUCACACUGUGAAAUAUUUUCAUUGUUUAUUAUCUGUACUUUUUAAAAUGGAGAUGAAUCAUUUUGCGAGCAGACCACGAAAGCAUUGCUUUUUCGAUUCACAGUGUGGUACACCGUAACGUGUUAAAUGGAGCAAAGGAAAAUGCGAGCUGCUCAUUAUCAGCAUAUUUAUCCGUUUCUGUACAGAUUUACAUUGUCUUAACUGUAUAGUUUGUCAUAGUAUUUAUUUUGCCUUGCACAGAUUAUGUCACUUAAAACCAACAUUUAUAAUGAGUUGCAUUUCAAACCCCCUACAAUUAACUGUUCUGUACCUUUUUUUUAAAAAAAAAAAAAAAGAGAUUUCCCUGGAUAGGUUGAGGGCAGGUGGGAAAACUGGGUGAGUUGAAGUGUUGCUGAAUGUUCAGUAUAUGUUAAUAACAAGUACAUGUCACAAAGAUGUCAUUGGCAGGUCUCUAAUAUUUCAGUCUAGAGAAUUUCUUUUCAACCUUUGUGACACAUAUGAACAGUUAUUUUGCCUUAGAAUAACUCUCUUUACGGAACAGGGCUUAAAUCCCUUACUUUUUCUGGGAAAAAGAUGCUGAUGUAAAUACUGUAUUUAUUCUCUUUUGAAAUGGAAGCCUUUCCCACAUUCAAAAUUAUGUUUAGACCUUAAAAAAAUAUUUUACGAAUCUGACUGUAUUGCACUGUGCAACAUUUUGUGGUACAUCUUGGUAUAGCUGAAACAGCUUUCAAAUUUAAUGAGAAAAAGCCGAGGUGAUUCAAACCUCAAACCUGAUUAUGUAUAUUGCCCUACAUGAAAAAAAUUGACUGUAAUCACUCUGACAUUCCAUUCUUACACAUUGACUUGUGUCUAAAGAAAGUUAGCAUGUGAAUCAAGCAGAAUGUUUGCAUGGUGGCAUAUUUCAUUCAUAAACACCACUUAGAACCAGUGAAAAGGAAAAUCACCUGCUUGAUUUUUUUGUGUAUGUCAUGCGGUACAUUUUUGGUAUGAUUAACAUUGAUAUAGUUUUAUUCAUUUGCCCUACGUGAGUAUACCAUUUGAAGCAUAAUCUAUGGUAUAUUGAUCAUCAACAUGAGAUAUUACAAUGGAAUAUGUGUUGCUUGUGUAUCAGUCAUGUUCACUCUCAAUUCAUGACAUAACUGAUUUAAUAUUUACCUGUUGUUGUGAUGGCUUUGUCACAAUGCAAUAAAUGGUUGUGUUUUGAA